AAGCAAAAGAAGCAAUACCUACUUGAGGCUAGACUGCGAGACAUCAGUCGCAUACUUAGCGCACGUCUGGAGAGAGUGUCUACUUUUUAGUUAGCGCUUGAUUCAUUUCAAAAUUUUCGUUUGCUUUUACCGUGUGCCAUCAUCACUAUCAGUUUUAAGAGUAUUUUAGACAAAAGAUUUUGUUGUUUAAGUGUUAUAUUGUGCGUUGUGUUCGAUCUGUGAUUUGUUUGAUAAACGGGUUUUAUCACGAUUUUAGUUGCUAAGCUAUAUAGUAUAAGAGUAGGUUGAAGUCGGAACACGUAAGGGAAAAAAGUCGCUAUCAUGUCGAAACCACGGGUGCUUGUACUAGGAGGAUGCGGUUUCAUUGGACGUCAUUUGGUCGACUACCUAGUAACGAAUGACCUUGCUGAAACCAUAAGAGUGGUGGACAAGACGCCUCCCCAGAUGGCAUGGCUAAACCAACGGCAUACCACAGCUUUCGCCAGUCCAUGCGUAGAGUUCUGCAGUGCCAAUUUAAUCAAUGCUGCCUCAUGUCAGAAUGCAUUCCGGACGGAUGACGGUUCCGGAUGGGACUAUGUCAUCAACUGCGCAGCCGAAACCAAGCCAGGUCAAACGGAUCCAGUGUAUCAAGAUGGUAUCGUAAAGUUGACACUGAAUUGUGCCAAUGAGACCUUGAAACAUCGUGCGAAGCGAUUUGUCGAACUUAGCACGGGUAGUAUGAGUUCCAGCGAGAAGAUUCCACAAGCGGAAGAUUGUCCAAUGAAACCAUGGACGAUGGUGGGAAAGUAUAAAGCUCAAACCGAGCAGGAACUAGCAAAAGUGGAGGGGCUGAAGUAUUUGAUUUUGCGAUUGCCGAUAUGUUAUGGAGUUGGAGAUAGGAAAGGAUUGACACCUCGGUUGAUCAUAUCCGGAAUUUAUAAAUACCUUGGCGAAACAAUGAAACUCUUGUGGACGGGUUCAAUGAAGAUGAACGUAGUCCACGUGGAGGACGUUUGCUGCGCUGUGUGGGAACUGAUGCAAAAUGAACAAACUAACGGCGAAAUUAUCAACGUUUGUGACGACAGUGAAGCAACUCAGGAAACAAUCAGUGAUUUGCUCGCGGAUAUAUUUGGCAUCAAGACUGACUACUGGGGAAUGGUCAUGUCCAGUAUGACCAAAGUGGACAUGGCAGGAGCGAUCGAGGAAGUCAACGACAAACACCUCGGACCGUGGGCUGAGCUGUGCCAAAAGGACGGUGUAUUGAAUACUCCGCUAACGCCAUAUAUGGACCAAGAGCUUUUGCUAUACAAGCAUUUGAAUCUUGACAACAGUAAACUCAAAAGCUACGGGUAUCAACUGAGGCGCCCGAGAAUCACACGUGAAAGUCUUGAAGAAAUUGUUAGGGAUUUUAUCGCAAUGAAUCACUUCCCAAGAUCACUUCUCGAGGCCUAAUUGAAUGUACUUUUUAAUAACUAAACCCUUUGAAAACUUAAUUGCUCAAUACGUCAAUCUUACAUACGAAGCAGUAAUUGAUAUGUGAUCUCUAUUUUGCAAUUUGGAAAUCAGUGUACUGAAAUUUACGCCUAGCAUAGUAGAAGUUAGAGAUGCGAGAGAUAAACAAAAUGAUAUCGAAAUUGUUAGUGAUAAUUACAAUUUUCCUUAUAAAUUUAAAUAUGUUGAAAUGUACUUCAAAAGUGUACAAUAUGUGCCUAAAAAAUAACAUAAUGCUACACAGUUAUGUUGUCAUAAAUGUAGAUACGAAUAUAGAAGUAAUAAAUUGUUUCACCCUUUA